CGCCAUUGAUUUCGUUACAUUCUUCAGCACAGGCAUAUCCCAUCAAAACCCUUCAACUCUCUCUUUAGGCAAGCACACCAUGGCUGCACAAUCACGGUCAUUUUUGCAAGUAGCAGCUACGGAGGAGGUCGCCCCGCCCCUCAGAGUGGUUCAGAUCGAAGGACUGGUUAUUUUGAAGAUAAUAAAGCAUUGCCAAGAAUUUUCUCCAGCUUUGGUUACAGGACAACUACUAGGGUUGGAUGUUGGUAGUGUUCUCGAAGUUACUAACUGUUUCCCAUUCCCGAUUCGAGAGGAAGAUGAAGAGAUUGAAGCAGAAGGUGCUAAUUAUCAGCUUGAAAUGAUGAGGUGCUUGAGAGAGGUUAAUGUCGACAAUAACACUGUUGGAUGGUAUCAAUCAACUUUAUUUGGCUCUUUUCAGACAGUGGAACUCAUAGAGACUUUCAUGAACUAUCAGGAGAAUAUUAGGCGAUGUGUUUGUAUUGUUUACGAUCCAUCAAGAUCCAAUCAAGGCGUCCUAGCUUUAAAGGCUUUGAAGCUUUCUGAUUCAUUCAUGGAUCUUUAUAAAAAUAAUAACUUCACUGGUGAAAAGUUGAGGGAUAAGAAUCUUUCAUGGGUGGAUAUCUUUGAGGAGAUUCCUGUAUGCUUCAUCUCUUGUUCUCUUUAAAGCCAUUCAAGUCUU